AUGCUAUUCUCCACUACUCUCGCCAUCUUGGCCGGCGAGGCAGUCUAUGCCUCGACUGUGCCUAAUCUGCAUGCCCGCGUAGCUGCGGCUGCUUACUGCUCUUCAUCGGACAGUGCGUACAAACUGACUCAAUUCGACACCCCUGUUUCUGGCACAGGAACUCCCAAUGGCAUGUCAACUUGGCAGCUCACCGUCGACGAUACCAGCUCAGGCUACAAGCAGAAGGUCACCGGUUUCGGUGCCUCUGUCACUGACGCCACUGUGACUGUAUUCAACAAGCUGUCGGCGUCCAAGCUCUCGACUCUUCUGAACACCUUGAUGACAUCUUCCGGUGUGAACUUCAGCCUCCUCCGACACACUAUUGCCUCAUCUGAUCUGUCUGGGGACCCUGCUUACACGUAUGAUGACAAUGGAGGCAACGCAGACACUUCCUUAUCGGCAUUCAACCUUGGAGACCGCGGAACUGCCAUGGCAGCUAUGCUCAAGGCAAUGAAGGCACUCAAUUCUGGAUUGACAAUUCUGGGAUCUCCAUGGAGUGCUCCAGGCUGGAUGAAGAUCAAUCGGAAGCUUAUCGGCACCACUGUAGACAACAACCUCGACCACACAUACGCUAGCCAGUUCGCACAGUACUUCGUAAAAUACUUGCAAGCCUACAAGAACAAUGGCGUCACGGUCGAUGCCAUCACCAUUCAGAACGAGCCACUCAACAGCAAUGCCGGCUUCCCUACCAUGUACAUCUUUGCCGAUGAGUCUGGCAAUCUCAUUCAGCAGAACAUCGGUCCCGCUCUGAGAAAUGCAGGUCUGAGCACCCAGGUCUGGGCUUAUGACCAUAAUACAGACCGGGCUGACUACCCUGAUACUGUUGUCAAUACUGCACCAAGCUACGUGCAAGCUGCAGCAUGGCACUGUUAUGCCUCAAACAACGAUUGGGGAGUGUUGACCGACUUCCACAACAAACAUCCCAGCGUCGCACAGUACAUGACCGAGUGCUGGACGUCACCGAGCACUGGCUGGUCACAAGCUGCUGACUUCACCAUGGGACCUCUUCAAAACUGGGCCAGCGGCGCUCUUGCAUGGACUUUGGGCUCUGAUACGACUUAUGGGCCCCAUCUCUCUGGUGAUGGCCCUUGUCCUACUUGCCGAGGUCUGGUAGUGGUCGACACCACCACUGGCAACUACGAUUUCGCGAUUGACUACUACAUGAUGGGCCAGUUCAGCAAGUACAUUCCCAAAGGCGCAACAAUCCUCGCUGGUACCGGCAGCUAUACCUAUGAUGACGGCACAGGUCUGCAGAGCGUGGCUUCCCUCAAUCCCGAUGGUAGCAAGACUGUGGUGAUGACAAACAAAUUCUCCAACGAUAUCUACGUCACCGUGUCUCUCAAGAGCGGAAAGCAGUGGAGUGGCCGUGUCUACAAGAACUCCGUCGUCACCUGGACACUCCCAGCCUAG